AUGGGCCAAGAAAUCCUCGUCACUACGGAUGACCUGCGAGUUCCGACUCUCCGCAUCUAUUACCCCUCAAACGAAGAAACUCCCACUACAGUCAUACCACCUGAGACGAUCAAAAACCUCCCAUCAGAAUGCACGUUCGUCUUUAUUCACCCCGACCAUCUGGAGUCCGUGUUUCAUAAUGCCAAGACCCAUGAACAAAUCGCCAAGCAUAUGCGGAGACUCCGACUGGUCCUACUAAACCCAGUCGCAAAUAGACCUGGCUUUGCACCUCCCCGCGGUGCGGAAUCUCAGAACCUGCACUUCACCUCAAGAGGUGCAGGUGCAGACUUUCGCACCUCAACCAACCCUGAGGGUCGGGAGGGUCGAUGA